AAACGGGACCCAACGUAGAGCUCAUAUGCGCAGCGCCGCUGUCGUUUCCUGGCCACGCUGCGAAGACGCGAUGUCGCCACUGCGUCGCCUCCUUCCGCCCAGCGUCUACCACCACAGCUACUCUCCACCCUGGCCACCGACCCAUCGGUUCCCCAUGUGGAAGUUUCAUGACCUGGCCCUGCAGCUGCUCAAGGACCAGCUGGUGACCGCCUGGGAGGACUUUGUGAUGCCGCAGCCUUUGCAGGAGGAGUGGAUCUUCCUGGCACAUGAGGAGGACUACUACCGUCGCUUUUGCAGCGACACCUUGGAUCCCGCCGCGCUGCGUCGCAUCGGCUUCGCGCAGCGCCCGGACCACCGGCAACUGGUGGCACGGACGUGCUGGGAAGCUGCGGGCACACUCACUUGCGCCAGGGAGGCCUUGAAGGUGGGCAUGGCAGGCCACUGUGCUGGUGGCACUCAUCAUGCUCAUAGAGCCUGGGGCAGUGGCUACACAGUGCUGAACGACUUGGCGAUCACUGCGAAAGUCCUCCUGCAGGAGAAGGCGGUGUCGAAGAUCUUGAUUUGCGAUCUCGACGUUCACCAGGGCGAUGGCACCGCUGAAAUUCUCCAGGAUGAGCCGAGAGCGUUUACGAUGUCGGUGCAUUGCAAGGAGAACUUCCCGUUCGGCUUCAAGGGCUUGAGCCACCUGGGCCAUGAUCGAAGCGACCUGGACGUGGCGUUGCCCAAGGGCCUGGGCGAUGAAGAGUACUUGGCGACGAUCUUCGAGCACUUGCAAGGGGCCCUUGAAGAUGUACGACCCGAGUUGGUCCUUUAUGAUGCUGGAGUCGACAUUCAUGUGGAGGAUGACUUGGGGAACUUGUGCAUCUCCUGGAAGGGUCUGCGUCGCCGAGAGGAGAUGGUCCUGGAACUUUGCACGGCCAAGGGAGUGCCGGUGGCCUUCGUCAUUGGCGGCGGCUACCACCGGAAGCGGCCGCAUCUCACACGUCGCCACGCGGCGGUCUUCCACGCAGCGUCCGCCAUUUGGAGGACGCGUGGCUGAGGAGCGAAGGACCUGAUCCAAGGAGGCACUGCUUUGCUUCGAGUAUACCUCACAGAGGUUGGGUCCAUGGUGUUUGAUAAGUCAAAAUCGUGAGCAACGAAUUUCCAUAGUGUGGCACAUGUUUGCACAAGUGCUUGCUAGUGCGCUAUGCCGCCAAGCAUGUAUCAGGCAAUAUUGGUGUCAAAUGUAUCCUCAGCUUGGUCCUCUUAUACAAAUGACGAUCAGUUCACACUAUAGUAGCGUGACGUUCGUCUCAAGUCCAGCCACUGCCCUUCAGUGGUCCAUUUUUGACGCUAUAGGUUGUCUUUCUUUUUUGCGUGAUCCGUUCAGCAGAUUUCCCAGAACCUUUGACAGCAUUUAUAUAAUCCAAAGGAUUUUUUGUUCAGCUUCGGUGGCCUUUCUUGGUAUGAGUAUGCCUUAUGUGAAACCCUAUUGAGGAGCUGGGAGCUCUAACAGGCAGAUGCUUAUGUGGUACUAGAGGUCUAAGUGUGCAUUUGAUAGAAAACAUGUUGUGAGAGCACAUGGAUCUGGCAAAGCCUAUUAUGGAGAACUUCAGGGUUAACAGUGUUCGCACCUGGCAAAAGCAUUUUAUAGAAGGAGCAUUUGCGCAACAUUUUAUAGAAGCACAUUUGAAGUUUUUGCUAUUGAGAUUUGGCUGUAUCAUUUUAGAGGCUUCACAGGUCAAUCCCUCAAGUGACAUGCUUGAUCUGGCUUGGAUUGUAUGGAAACGCCGUGGCCAGUCAUUUUACAAUAGAGAGUUCUAUUUCUCACCACCCAUUCUCUAGACACCAUUUCUCUAUAGAAUGCCGGGCGAGCGAUCCCAGUGAUAAAGCACGGAGGACUCAAAUGUUAUCCCAAUCCCUGCAUACCCUUGCAAGCUGACAAAAAUUAAACGCAUGAAUUAAUUCUGUCACAGAGCUCUUUAGCACUUUGUGGCGUUGAACUGCAUAUCCUCGGACAACCCGAGGCCCAAAACUGAACAAGUUUCCUCAAUGUUCCAUUGGCCCAAACUUUGCACUUUGCUUGAACUACGAUGGCAAGACGUUUUGGUCGAGGCGUGGUGGUUUGAGACGUUGGCUUUUGCAUUGCUUUUUCCCUGCUCUUUGUGUUCUUCCCUUGUUCAAGCGGGCGCUUCGGGCAGGACCUGAGAAAGCGGGCGCUUCGGGCAGGACGGACGCCACAGCCUCUGCGGAGGUCGAAACGACCGACUUGAGCACAUCCAGCCUGGCUGUCAAGAGAAUGCCCUACAUUCAGAGGAUCAUCGGUAAAUCGUGAAUCCAAGGCAGUUCGUUCGUGGAGAACUGAGCAGAACUGCACGCCGCGUGCACCGCAC